AUGUCUAAGCCAGUGCUUCCUCGUGGUCUGCGCAAAUCCGAACGAAUGCAAUGUGUGUGGCGGUGGGUCAACAGCAUACCGCUGGACGCCCCAACUUAUGUGCAGAACUCUCUAACGCAAAUUGAGAUUCUAUCCGACCCCAAGUCGUUCCCUGACGAACUCUCGCUCUCCGACCACACGCCAAUCCCUGGUGGUGUUGGUGGCGGUGGUGGUGGCCCCACGUGA